AUUCAGGGAGCUCGCGGAGUUCAUACCGGAGUAUGUGUGUGACGAGAACCGGAUGGUAAAUCACUUCUGGGAUGCCUUAGACCUGGAGGUGCGUGAGAGGGCAACACAGUUGCCUAACAUGACUUUUAGCCAAGUGGUCGAGCAAGGGUUAAAAGGAGAGAAAGAAUGGGAGGAAAGAAAGUUGAAGAACGCCGAAGAGGCAAAGAAGAGGAAGUGGGAGAACCAUGGGCAUCAAGGUCCUAGCAAAAAGGGGAACCGUGGGGGAGGGGGAUCUUUUCGGACACCCCCACUGCCACCUAGGGAAAGUCAUGGCCCGGGCGGGCAAUCACAAGCCUCGGGGGUGACUCGUUGCAAGAAUUGCAAGAGGAACCACCCGGGGAAAUGUCGUGACCCUCCUAGAUGCUACCAAUGCGGGAGCACCGGUCACAUGAAGAUGAGCUGCCCACAACUGGGCGGGACGAGGGCAUCAGGGCCAAGUAGUGGUAAUACCGGGACACGGAAUCAAGCCGGGACUUCACAAGCGUCCAGGGGGCAAGGGGGAGCAAGCGCAAGCAACGCGCCGUCCGUGAAUCAAGGAAGGACUCAAGCUAGGGUCUACGCGAUGACGGAGGCGGAUGCUCAAGCUAACCCGGAUUCCGUUGCAGGAACUCAGUUGAUCUCUUGGGAGAAAAAGGAGAAGAAAAAGAAGAAGAGAAGAAGCAAAAGAGGCAAGAAGAUGGAGCAUAGAAGAUCAUAAAACCCAAGAAAGAAUGUUGUUUGUAAAAUCAUUUUGUUUUUGUGAUCUUAGUUCCUUUCUUCCUUGAACUCAUGGAACGAUCUUGAACUGUUCGAAACAUUUUAUUUUACUCGAGGUCGAGUAAAGAACUAAGUGUGGGG